AUGACCGUGACUUACACCAACCGCGUGGCCGACGCCCGCCUGGGCACCUUCUCCCAGCUCCUGCUCCAGUGGAAAGGGAGUAUCUACAAACUGCUCUACUCAGAGUUCCUGAUUUUCAUCUUGCUCUACUUCACCAUCAGCCUCAUCUACAGGCUGAUCCUGAGCGAGAGCCAAAGGCUGAUGUUCGAGAAGCUGGCGCUGUACUGCAACAGUUAUGCUGAGCUAAUCCCUGUGUCCUUCGUGCUGGGUUUCUACGUGGCGCUGGUGGUGUCGCGCUGGUGGGCUCAGUACGAGAGCAUCCCGUGGCCCGACCGCAUCAUGACGCUGGUGUCCUGCAACGUGGACGGGGAGGACGAGUACGGGCGGCUGCUGAGGCGCACCCUGAUGCGCUACAGCAACCUGGUCAGCGUGCUGAUCCUGCGCUCCGUCAGCACCGCCGUCUACAAGCGCUUCCCCAGCAUGGAGCACGUCGUGAGGGCGGGCCUCAUGACACCAGAAGAGCACAAGAAGUUUGAGAGCUUGAAUUCCCCCCACAACAAGUUUUGGAUCCCAUGUGUGUGGUUCUCCAACCUGGCUGUGAAGGCAAGGAAUGACGGGAGGAUCCGGGACAGUGUGCUGCUCCAAGGAAUCCUGAAUGAGCUCAACACCCUGCGCAGCCAGUGCGGGAGGCUCUAUGGGUACGACUGGAUCAGCAUCCCCCUGGUCUACACCCAGGUGGUGACCGUGGCUGUUUACAGCUUCUUCCUGGCCUGUCUGAUCGGGAGGCAGUUCCUGGAUCCAGAAAAAGCAUAUCCUGGCCAUGAACUGGAUCUCUUCGUGCCUGUCUUUACAUUUUUGCAAUUCUUCUUUUACGCUGGCUGGUUAAAGGUGGCCGAGCAGCUCAUCAACCCUUUUGGGGAGGAUGAUGAUGACUUUGAAGCCAACUGGCUCAUCGACAGGAACCUGCAGGUCUCCCUCAUGGCAGUGGAUGAGAUGCAUCAGGAUUUACCCAUCCUGGAGAAGGACCUCUACUGGAAUGAGCCUGAUCCCCAGCCACCCUACACAGCAGCCACCGCCGAGUACAAGCGCCCAUCGUUCCUUGGCUCCACUUUUGAUAUCAGCAUGCAGAAAGAAGAGAUGGAGUUCCAGCCCCUGGAGCAGAUCAAGGAGAACGAGGAGGCCAACCACUCCACCCCAUUACUGGGACACCUGGGACGCCUCCUGGGUGUCCAGUCACCAAACUUCUCCAGGUCCUCCUCCCGGAUGAACCUGCUGCGCAGGCGAGGAGACGCCGCAUCGCCCUUCUCCCACUACACCUACCAGGACAUGGGGAAGUCAGGAAGUCCUUGUGGCAUCAAUCAGCCAAAGGGAGACUCCCAGGAGCAGUGGGACAGCGAAGAUGGGAAACUCAGGGAGUUUGAUGCCUUCAUGUCAACCCCCUUCUAUGAGAGACCCGGUUUCUACAGCGCUCCCCAGACACCCAUCAGCUCCAUCCCCAUGAUUUUCCCUUCCAGACGCCAAGGCCGGAAGAAACCACCUGCUCUCUCCAGCAUCGCUGCCUGCUCCACUUCCCUGAGGGAUGUCAUCGUCAACGCCUCCCCUUCCAGGGCCAGUGAUGUCUACAAGAGCCAGAGCUCCCUGGGCUCAGCUGCAAAGGAAACCUUCGUGUGGCCAACAGAUCGGAGCAAAGGGCCCGAUUCCACAGCUGUGACAGUGGAGGAGGAAAAGAACAGCUCCAGAGAAGCUGCCAUCACAGGAAGCCCAGGAGCACAGUCCACAGCAUCUGACAGCCCCAAAUUCCCUUUUCUGGCAGAAUCUCCUGACCAGGAGAAGCAGGGCAGCUACAAGAGCCCGAAGAGCUUGAAAGCUUCGCACCCGCCCUGGCUAACCCUGGAGAACGCGGCAUCAGCUCCUCCCAACUCGGAGCAUUCCGGUGCCUUUCACACCCCCGGUAACAAAGCCCCCGGGGGCAGCACCUCCCUCUGCUUCUCCUUCACUCCCGUGACCUCUCCAGCCCUGGAGAGGUCCCACAAGGGGAACCUCGGCCCCGAUGCUCGCAGCCUGAGCUUGGAAGACGCAGCCAGCGCUCCAGACCAGCAUCCAGAGGUUUCCAGGAACACGAGAGACACUGGGAAUGGAAGCACUAACCCACCCCCUACAAAAGAGCCGAGAAGAGCAGAGAGCCCAUCCCCCAACGACUCCGGGAUCUCCUUGGCCGAGGGCGACUUCGUGGGGCUGAUGGAGGUGAUCAUGGAGGCCAGUGAGAGCCCAGGGGAGGAGCAGAUGGAUCAGUACAGCUAAAGGAGAAAAGGUUCCAUGGGAUACGUUCCUUAUCCUCACACCUGGCACUCACCUGAACAGAAGGGCAGUGCUGGACACGCAGCCAGAGCCUGGCCCAGGCUCCAACCAGCACUAAGGACACUGCUCCUGGUGUCGGUACCGUAUGCAGGCUCAACUUCUGCUGUAACAACACAACCACCAAGACCCCAACUUUUAGCCAGACCCCAAUGAGUGUUAAGUAUUGCUGGUAUCUCAGCAGGCACCAGCCAGGUGUAGCCCAGAACAGGAGCGUAGCUAAAAUGGAUACUUACUCCCCUCCUCACAGCAAGAAGUAGAACUUGAGCUUACAAGUCUCAGACAGGACUUGCACUACUCCAGGGAAAGUAAGGGACUGAAGCAAGUCACACUGUUAGUGAUGCAGACCCACAGUGCUUCUUCCAGUGCUGUCUGGCUCUUUUCCAGUACAAGGAAAGUACUGGAGUAAGGCAGGGUAAGUGUCUGCACCAGCACAGGCAGCUGCAGUACCUGCCCCCACAUUGCUUCCUUCUGAAGUUCCCUGUCACCCCUGCCACAGAUCUGAGUGCUCAGAGAAACGUGGAUGGUA